AGACGACAACAGUUGUGAUAAAAGUUUCGUGAACGAUAGAACGUAAAGCUCAUACAACGUUCGCAAUAACAUUGGCGUCGUCGUCGUGUAUUUUAAGUUUUUAAAUAAAAAAAUAUACAAUUUUGUUGUAUGAAACGAAGUGAUUAUUAGAUGAAAUUCAAUUGAGCUGCGGUAUCACGCGUGUGGGUUUUUAAUAAUUAUUGUGUGUGAGUUUACUUUUGAGUGUGGAAAAGAAAGAAAUAAAGUAAAAUAAAAUUGAAUUGAAUGAAAAAAAUAUUGUUUAUCUUUGAGAGAAUAAUAAAUAAAAUUUCAAAUUGCCUUUGAAGAAAAAAUAAUAUUGCAAAAAAAUUGUGUGUUUUUGUUUCAAAUUACAAUAAAGCAACUUGAACAACAACAGCAACAACUCUUGCAGAGGUCACGCGCUCAGUUUGUUUUUUGCCAUCAAGUGAAGGAUAAAGAAAAAGUCAAACCAAAAGUAUUUGGAAAACUUUUGUGCAGAACGCAAACUCUAACCAGUCAAGGUUGAAAAAGAAAAAAAAACAAAACGAAAUUCCAAAGAAAGUCAUAAAAAUUGUCUAGCAGGCAAUCGGAGGUACAACAAAUUCCUAAACAAUGUCAUCAACUGGGAAUCAUCAUACCCAUUUGGCCCAUCCACAAAUGGCGCCGCCACCACCCCCUCCCAAACCCAAUAAAACACCACAAGCCUAUGCCAAUGGAAAUGGAAACGGCACACUGGCGAAUGGUAGUGCCAUCAGCAAUGGCAACGGCACACUGCACGGCUCGAAUUCAAGCAUUCAGAAGCUAAACGGACGCAGUCCUUGUCACACGCCACCGCGUACCGAUCGAGAGCACGUCGUAAUGACACCCAAGGGAAAAACUGCCAACAGUACGGUGAUACUAAUCGAAAGGAAAUUGGUCGAUGAGGUCAACGAGCGGACCCAUGUGGCGGGUGGUGAUCACACAGGCAUUAUCAUCAAUAAGGAUACAGUGGCUGGUCAGAAAUCCCAAACCACCCCGGCACAGUUAUCGUUGGAAUUUCGGGUAUUCUUGGUCAGCGCCAAUACAGGCAAACAUUCACAGGAGUCGCGGACAUUACGUUUUUGGUUCCGCGAUUGGUUGAAAAAUGACGCUGAACAGGCCCAUGUAGCCCAGGACUUUUUCAAGGAGCUGGUCAGUCCAAAGGAUUUUCCAAGGGACUACGUUGGCUUCAUCAAGAAGAUUAUGAAAUUGAUGCAAAAGGGUUACGAUGAAAUUCAAUCGCUUGAAAUAGAAUUGCGAAUAUUAGAAGAAACCGCAGAGCCGCCAUCCAGACCGCCUCGUGAUGGUUACAUUAUUUACUGUUACGGCGACUGCAAUCGCAAAUUCGAGGAAGCCUUGCAGGCCCAACAGCAAACAGUGUCCAUGGAUGAAAACCAAUUCGAAUCUCCACCCCUGACACCGGAAAAAGUACUCGAACUCAUUGAGCAAGCCUAUCCAAAUCCCAUAACUCCCGAAGAUUUGGCCAAGGACUAUGGCUGGGAGGAACAAGAUGUCAUCUUGGUAUUCAUGUCUCUCAAGGAAAGGGGCCUCAUCAAAUCAAUGGAAUACAAUUCAUACACCAGAAUCCAUCAUGAAGACAAGGAGAUAAAGGUCGUCAAGCAAAUGCCAACAAUUGCAUCCAACAAACAGCCGACCAUUGCCAUUAUUACGGCACAGUAUUGUGAAAAAUUGGCCGUGGAUGCCAUGUUGGAGAACAAGGAGACCUUUGUGCGCUACACCACUGUGGAUACUCUUACUAAAGAUUCGUUAAAAAAGAAAAAGAGAAGACGUGUUGGUGAAUCUAAUGUCUAUACCCUGGGCAAUAUUGGUGCUCAUCGCAUUGUCAGCACAAAGUUACCAUCGGUGGGUAGCACUCGUGAGGCCAUGACCGCCACCGGAAAUACCACCACCCGUCUCUUGGGCACAUUCCAAAAGGUUGACUAUGUCUUUAUUGUGGGCGUGGCUGGUGGUGUACCCCAUUACACCGAUUACAAGAAACAUGUCCGCCUAGGCGAUGUCGUCAUUUCGUAUGUGGACAAGCAGCGUGCCUUGGCUAAUGGCACCGAUAAACCCUACGUCUAUGUCUACAAGAGUGGUGAGGAUGUGAAAACCUAUUUCCCCGUCAACGAUUCCCUGCAGCAGAUUGCCGAAAGUCUACAGGCCAAUAUGGAAGUGAAACGUCCCUGGGAGACGUAUAUGAGUGAAGGUUUCGAACUUUUGCAACAGAAAACCGAAAGUGAUUUCAAUCGACCUGCCGCCAAUUCGGAUAAACUCUUCAUGAGCAUUGGCAACAAUGAAGUCAUUGAGGUAUCCCACCCCAUUGGCACGGACAAUGUAGAUGGCAUACCAAAAUCACGUUUACAUUUGGGACCGAUUGGUUCAGGGCGGGAUUUGGUGCGUAACGAUGAUUUGCGUAUACAAUUUGCCAAGAAAUAUGGUCUACUGGCCACCGAUUUGGAGAUGAGCUCGGUGUUGGAUAGUAUUAUUGGUAAUUGCCGGGAGAGUUUCAUAUUGGUUAAGGGUAUUUCUGAUUACAAGGACGGCACCACAACCCGCAAAUGGCAAAACUAUGCCUCCUUGGCCGCUGCCUCGGUUGUGAAAUCCAUUAUCUGUGGCAUGGAUGCUCCUACCAAUGUUUAAGAAUUUGUUUUAAUUUUUUCUACAAUAUUUUUGUUUUUGUUUUUAAGCAUUUUUAACUAAAACAUAAGUCUUUGGACCUUACAUAAUU